GAAUGUGUUUCAGGAUCAGUUGGAAGCCUCUUUAUUUACCCUUAGUUUAGUCAUUGAAGUACUUUUAUUGGAUAGACUGAAAACGGAUAGUAUCAAGUUGGAUGGCCAAAUGACAAAUGGUGUCUAUCCAGUGCAACAAUAUAGGAUAGGCAAGUUUGGGAAUAUAUGACCAAAACGAUGUUUUUGUCUGUGGGCACUAUCGCAAAGGGUUGCAGGGUGUCCUGCACACUCAACGAGAUUUGAGUUUAUUUUUUAAACCUUUAUUCAAACAUUUAAAAAGCUGCGCGUGACGUAGAAGUGGAUUGCGCUCAUUUCGGUGCGGGAGAGCAAUAAAGGGGUUAAAGAAAGAACAUUGGAAAGUGUAUCAAGUAUGGAAGAAAAUGAUCAUAGCAACAGAGAUGAGGAACGUCAAGUGUCGGCGGAUGAGUCAAACAGAGCGAUACUUCCCCUAUUACAAGCGCCGGGAAACAUUCAGCAGAUCCCGCAUCGAGUCACCAAUUUCUUCAUCGAUAAUAUCUUACGGCCGGACUUUGGGCGGAAAAAAGAAGGCAACACAGAGCAGGAAGAAAAUAGUCACGUUACCAGAGAGAACCAUAGCCCGGCUGUUCCAAGAACGGAGCAAGUGGGGAGUACUGUGCCAACGGAAGGAACUUCCACUCCUCAUCCAGGCGGCGUGGCCAAUAAGGCUGAAAUAGUUACCGAAGAGCCCCUGAAACCCCGCGGAGAGAAUGGAGAUCAGUGCCUAAGCUCGGACUCGGAUAGUUCUCAAGCCAGCUCAAAUGUACCAUCCAAACAGCCUAUGCUCUGGCCAGCUUGGGUGUACUGCACCAGAUACUCAGACAGGCCCUCAUCAGGACCGAGAUCUCGAAAACCAAAGAAGAAAACCGCCAGCAAAGAGGACAAGCGACCAAGGACGGCCUUCACAGCUGAACAGCUUCAAAGACUAAAAACCGAGUUUCAAACGAACCGGUAUUUGACCGAACAGAGGCGACAGGCCUUGGCCCAAGAACUCGGUCUUAACGAAUCUCAAAUCAAAAUCUGGUUCCAGAACAAAAGGGCAAAAAUCAAGAAGGCCACGGGCGCCAAAAACAGCCUAGCCCUGCACCUGAUGGCACAGGGACUGUACAAUCAUGCUACGACGUCAAAAGAUGACAAAUCAGACAGCGAUUGAUUUCGA